AUGGGUGCUGUCAUAACUCCUCGGUGUGAUAGUGAUGACCCGCCUUCCCCCCCCAAGCCGCGCCCGCCUUCUGCCACAACUUCUCCCAAGGCCAAGCCGAAGGCAGCCAAGAAAGUCACCAAGCCCGCCGCUACCAAGAAACCGAGGCGCGUUGUCGACGGCGACGGUGAGGAUGAGGCGACGACGGCGCCUCCUUCCCCGGCGAGGACCAGCAACGCCGAGAAGAAGAGUGGCGGGGAGAGCCUCACCCCGGAGGAGAAGACGGCGGUAGCCGCCGGAAAGCGGAAGCAGGCCGCGGGAGAGGAGGGCGGCGGCGAGGGGGAGGAGAUGGCAGCCGCGGCGGCACCCCGAGGCGGGAAGGCCGAGGACGACGAGCUGGAGGGGGGGGAGGAUGCGCCGGCCCAGAAGAAGCGUAGGAGGUUGCGCCGCCUCGCCGAGAAGAAGGCCAACGCUGCUGUGGAGGACAGCGACGACGACAUGUUCGGAGCAGGAGCGGCGGUAGGGGAAGAGACUGCCAAGGGCGACAGGAAAAGCGCCGCCGUGGACGCGUUGGAGCUUGGCGACGACGACGACGAUGGCGCAGAAGAAGAAGAAGCCGGACCGGACACUGCCGGAGAGCAGGAGGAGGAGGCGGGGGAAGAGGAAGAGGAUGAGGAGGAUGUGGACGAGGUGGAAGGGAAGGGGGCGAAGAAGACGAAGGGGUCGAGCGGCACCGUGGCGAGCGCGCUCAUGGCGGGCGCCAAGAGGGCCAGCGGCGCGCCCCCACCUAAGAAAAAAGGCAGCACGGCGGCCAGCCUCGUGAUAGCCAAGACGGAAGACCUCCUUGCCAAGGCGUCCUGGAAGAAGGGCCAGCCUGUUCCUUUCUCAGCGGUUGCCGAGAUGUUCGACCGCGUCGAGCAGACGUCAAAGAGGUUGGAAAUCCAAGAGAUUCUUCGCGGCUUCUUGUGCACAGUCAUCGCCCUCACCCCUGAGGACUUGGUUCCGUGCGUCUACCUUGCAUGCAACCAGAUCAAAGCGGCCGCGCAGAAGGCCGGGGACCUGGGGGAGGUGGCGCAGCACUCCACCAAGUCGCAGGGGACGCUCUCGUUCGGGCAGACCAUCAAGCCCCUCUCCGCGAGAGAUGUAUUGGAGAGGUACCGAGCCAUCGCUCGUGUCAAGGGCAACUCCUCGGGGGAGGACAAGAUCAACCGCAUCAAGAAGAUGUUGGUGUCCUGCAAAGGCCUCCAGGCAAAAUACAUCAUCCGGGGGCUCCAGGGGAAGAUGCGCGUCGGCCUCACCGACACCACCGUCAUGGUCUCUCUCGCCCACGCCGCAGUGACGUGCCCGUCCGAGGCCGUGCUGGCCGCGGAAGAAGCAGAGAAAGCUCUUGCGGACCAGGAGCGCGAGGGAGGGAAGGAGGACGACGACGACGACGACGACGACGGGGGCGGCGGCGGGAAGGGCGAAGGGGACGAGCGACCAGCCGACGCCACCGGCGAGGAGAAGGCGGAGGGCUCCGACGAUGGGAAAGAGGGGGUGGCAGGGGAGCCGGCGGCGGUGGCGGACAAGUCCGGUGAUGGAACAGAUGGUGGUGGCACCGGCGGCGGGGAGGAGGGGGAUGCUUCUCAGGAGGAGGAAAUCGAUGGUCUUAUCCCUGUUGCACGAGCUCUCCGUGACACCCCGGCGAGCCACUUGGAACAGAGGUUGGAACUGGCCUGCCAGUUGGUCAAGCAGGCGUACUCGGAAUGCCGCAACCUUGACCAGAUCAUCAAGGCCAUCCUUUCGGCCCCGCUGUACAGGCUCCAGCAGGCAUGCAGGUUGACCCCGGGCGUGCCCGUGCUCCCCAUGCUCGCCAAGCCCACCAAAUCCAUCGGGGAGGUGCUGCAGAGGCUGUCCGGCCAGGAGUUCACUUGCGAGUACAAGUACGACGGCGUGCGAGCGCAGGUCCACCACAAGGAGGACGGGAGCCUGCGGUUCUUCAGCCGCAACAGCAAGGACAGCUCGUCCGAACUCCCCGACCUCAUUCCGGUCAUGAAGGACUGCGUGAACGGGGGGGUGUCGUCGUACGUCAUCGACACGGAGGUGGUGGCCUACGACCGGGAAACCGGGAACCUCCUUCCGUUCCAGAUGCUGUCUACCCGCGGCCGGAAGGAUGUGGACGCGGAGGACGUGAAGGUCAAGGUCAUCGUGGAAGCGUUCGACAUGCUCUACCUUAACGGCCAGUCGCUGCUGCAAAAGCCUUUGAAGGAAAGAAGGGGGCUCCUGCGCAGCACUUUCAAGGAGGUGGACGGACGCUUUCGAUUCGCCACCUUCAUGGAUCACAAGGAGGACGGUGACACCGGGCCCAUCGAAGAGUUCUUGUCAGAAGCUGUCAAGGGGAACUGCGAAGGGCUCAUGGUCAAGACGCUUACGGCAAACUCUUCCUACGAGCCGUCCAAGAGGUCCCUCAACUGGCUCAAGCUCAAGAAGGACUACCUGCAGGGCGAUGGCGGGGGCGUGGGAGACUCGCUCGACCUCGUCCCCAUCGGCGCCUUCUUCGGGAAGGGGAAACGCACGGGCAAGUACGGGGCGUACUUGUUGGCUUGCUACGAGCCCGACCGAGAGGAGUAUCAAUCGGUCUGCAAGAUCGGCACCGGUUUCACCGACGAGAUUCUCAAUUCCUUCUGGGAGGAGCUCAAGGAGCACACGGUGGAGCAGCGUCCGAGGUACUAUAACGUGGCGGACAGCCUCUCGCCGGACGUCUGGCUGGCACCUCACAAGGUGUGGGAGGUGAAGUGCGCCGACCUGUCCAAGUCUCCCGUCCACAAGGCCGCCAUCGGAAAAAUCGCGCAGGAGCCCGACCGCGGCAUCAGCAUCCGCUUCCCCCGUCUAUUGCGGGAGAGGGAAGACAAGGACCCGGAGCAGGCCACCACGUCGGACCAGAUUCUGGACUUGUAUGAAGGCCAAGAUGUGGUCAAGAGCAAUGCUGCCGGCGGGCAAACGAAUAAUGCUGCUGACGACGACUGGGAGCUGUAGCUGGUGCAAUGGUUUCACGCUCCUGUUGUUAAAAAGCUGGGAGGGGGACAGUCCCCGUGUUUGUCAACGAGAGUGUUGCACACAGGAACUAUGGCGGCGAUGGCUCGAACGGCCAACAAUACCAACACAAGGAGCGUGCAUUCUAGCAAUCGCGUGCGCGAUUUGAUGCCUGUCCGCGAAAUCUGCUUCAACCGAUUCAGGCUACGGCCUAACUUGGAUACCUCGCCACUCGGAGUACAUAAGAGGCUCCUCCACACAGACAAGCGUUUGUGCUAGAACAUCAACUUCCGGCACAUUGCACUGGCCCUACGCAUACGAUUACGGAAGUGAUGCCUCGGAC